AUGAUCGAGCAUAAAUCGUACAUCUUGAAUGAAAAUGUUGCCCCUGUGAUACAAUUGACUUUCUACUCCUCGUCUACCAUGUCUACGCCUAUUAAACUAUCGAGUCGAGCUGACUGCGAGAGCUUUCUUGAAAAGUUUGAUACUCUUUUGCUCGAUUGCGACGGCGUAUUGUGGCACGAGGAUACUGUUCUUCCAGGGAUCAAGGAGGCUCUGUCAUUGUUGAGGCAGAAAGGAAAGAGACUUAUAUUUGUUACAAAUAAUAGUACAAAAUCUCGUGCUGCCUAUUUCGCAAAAUUCAAGAGGCUGAACAUCGAUGCGAACGAGAGCGAAAUAUUCGGUUCAUCUUACGUGUCGGCCUAUUAUCUCAAGAAUAUACUCAACUUCCCUAAGGACAAGAAAGUUUAUGUUAUCGGUGAGUCCGGAAUCACCGAGGAAUUGCACCUUGCAGGAAUCCGCUUCUGCGGAUCUAGUGAUGAUGACGAUUAUGAAUUUAAUUUCAAUAAAAUCGAUUUUGAUCCCGAGGUUGGAGCAGUUGUUUGUGGCUUCGACACGCAUUUGAACUACAAGAAACUAGCAAAGGCCUUCCGAUAUUUGAAUACCAAUCCGGAUUGCAUUUUCCUGCUGACCAACGGCGAUACAACAUAUCCCGCCAAUGGGACGAUCUAUCCAGGUACGGGGUCCUUGGUAGCACCUUUGAUUAAAGCAUUAAAUAGAGAUCCCGACUAUGUGAUGGGCAAACCAAAUAAGCCAAUGUUGGAUUGUAUCAUCAAAAAGUUUCACCUGGAUGCCGAACGCACUUGUAUGAUCGGUGAUCGUUUGGACACGGACAUUCAAUUUGGAAUCAACGGGAAAUUUAAGACAUUAUUGGUGUUAACAGGAGUAUCAAAGGAGCAAGAGAUUCUGGUUGAAAAUGCCCCAAUUAUCCCUGACUAUUAUCUCACAAGUUUGGGGGACCUUGCUGAACUUUGCGAAUAA